CACACACUUUCAUCGUCAUCACUCCUCUCGUCUUAUAGACAACAAGCAAGCUAUACCAGAAUUUCAUCGAUUUUCAACCAUCAACCUAUUUGAUCCAGUACACCCUCCCAUCUCGGCCCGUCUUAGUCUUAAUUAGCAUCAACCACCUCCGUCAUCAAACCUACCUCUCACGGAAACAACCGCAGCAACCUCUUGAUACUUGAAGAAGCCAACAAGAAGGCCUCUUUCCUCCCAUCAUCCUACCCAGAAAACUCCACCAAAAACACAUCAGAAGAAAAAUGUCUCCCGCAGCUCUCGUUGAAGCCGGCAGCAACAUGUCACGACUCGCAGUGCAGCCCGUCGAAGCCCCCGUCGUGGCACCCGCAAACCCCCUCGUCGCGCAGGAGAGGAGCUUCAACUCGACCCCCAAGUCCCUCGGCCUCGGCGCCACGACCCCCCAGGUCGCCCGCGGCCUUCCCGAGUUCAGCCUUCAGGGCAAGGUCAUUGUCGUCUCAGGCGGCGCGCGCGGACUCGGCCUCACACAGGCUGAGGCUCUCCUCGAAGCUGGCGCAAUAGUCCACGCAAUCGACCGCCUCCCUACUCCUGACCCCGACUUUGAAAAGGUCGCCCUUCGCGCCACCGCCGAGCUCGGCACCUCCCUCUCCUACCACCAGGUCGACGUCCGCGACGUCGCCCAGCUCAACGACAUCGUCGAGGGCAUCGCCAACCAGCACGGCCGCAUGGACGGCCUCAUCGCUGCCGCGGGCAUCCAGCAGGAGACCCCCGCGCUCGAGUACAAGGCCGAGGACGUCGACCGCAUGAUGGGCGUCAACGUCACCGGCUCCUUCAUGACCGCCCAGGCUGUCGCGCGCCAGAUGGUUCGCCUCGGCACCGGCGGCAGCAUCGUGUUGAUUGCCAGCAUGAGCGGUACCGUUGCCAACAGGGGGUUGAUCUGCCCCGCAUACAACGCUUCCAAGGCCGCCGUCCUGCAGCUCGGCCGUAACCUGGCCGCUGAAUGGGGCGCCCACGGCAUCCGCGUCAACACCAUCUCGCCCGGCUACAUCGUCACCGCCAUGGUCGAGGCGCUCUUCGUGGAGUACCCGGAGCGUAAGGUCGAGUGGCCCAAGCACAACAUGCUCAACAGGCUCAGCCAGCCCGCUGAGUACCGCGGCGCCGCCGUGUUCCUGCUCAGCGACGCCAGCAGCUUCAUGACGGGCAGCGACCUGCGCAUCGAUGGCGGACACUGCGCCUGGUAAAACCCUUGGGACUGGCUGGAAAAAGGAAAAGCGGGGUUUAAUGA